AUGGCUAGAGAUGGAAGUGGUACGAGAAUGCAAGUGGUGGUGCUGCCUCUGCCUGCACAGAGCCACCUCAAUUCGCUCCUUCAUUUCUCCAGAGUGAUCGCCGAACGAGGAGCAAGUGUAUCGUUCGUGGCCACUUCUACCCAUAUUCAACAAGUCCGCCGCCGUGCUGAGGGAUGGGAGCUCCACAACUUCGAUAUCAGUUUCCGUGAAUUGCCCAUGCCUCAUCUCACAGCUGGAGACCUUGAUUCUCAGAGCACUACAAUGUUUCCGCUUCAAUUGAUUCCUCUGUUUGAAGCCGUGGAGAAUCAGCUAGGGUCUCAUGUGGAUCAGCUACUACAGACUAUCUGCUCGGAGAACAAGAAUAGAGUGGUUCUGAUCUACGACGUGGCUAUGGGAUGGGUACAGACUGUGGCUACCAAAUAUUCAAUCCCUGCCUAUGUGUUCAGACCCACUGGCUCUUAUUAUAACUUGUGGAUGAAGAGGACACGUGAUGAGACAAUGGUUGUAUCCCCUGUUAACGUUUCAUUGAAACGUUGCUUUCCUGAAAGGUUUAUAAAGAAUUGGAGGCGACAAAGGACUCAGUUAGGGCCUGCCAAGGGAUAUAUCAUGAACACAUUCAGCGCACUGGAGUCAGAAUUCAUUCACCAGGAAAGAGAGGAAUUAGUCUUCGGCGGCAAGCCUGUGUGGACUGUGGGCCCUCUUCUUCCGCAGGCCUUCUUCAAUUAUGUACAGCGCUUGCGAUUACAGACGGACACGGAGUGCAUGAGAUGGUUGGAUACACAGGCUCCGACGUCCGUUCUCUACGUUUCAUUUGGCAGUGUAUCUUCUCUUUCGGCGACCCAGAUCCGAGAACUGGCCGACGGAUUGGAACGCAGCGGUCAGCCUUUUUUGUGGGUGCUCAGGAUUUCCGACGAAGCCCAUUUAUCGACAGAAUCGCAGUACGAUUCCGCUUGCGAGUUUCUCCAACAAGGGUAUGAGAGGCGAUUAGAGGGACGGGGUUUUAUUGCUAGGAAUUGGGCGCCUCAGAUUGACAUCCUAUUGCACAAGUCGACGGGUGGGUUUUUAACCCACUGCGGGUGGAAUUCGACGGUGGAGAGUAUCAGCGCAGGAGUGGGCAUGCUUGCUUGGCCUCUACAUUCUGAUCAGUUUGCCAAUUCGGCUCUAAUCACAUCGGAGUUGAAAGCGGGCGUGCAAGUGAAAGAAUGGCAAAACGCAAAGGAAAAUGAGAUGGUGAGUGCGGAGGAGGUUGAGAAAGCAGUGAAACGAUUGAUGAGGAGUGAGGAGGGAAUGCAAGUGAGAAAGAGGGUGCAGGAAUUGAGAAACGAAGCUCGAAAGGCAGUGGGCGAUGGAGGGUCUUCGUGGAAGGAUGUGGAUUCUCUUCUCCAUCACUUCUCUCAGUCAUUUUCAGAAUAG